AUGGCUCAUCUUUACCUGUUUUUUGUCCUUUGUGUGCUCAUUGCACAAACCCAAGCUGUGAGUCAGAGCGCAAAACCAGAUGACAAUCACUGUCCUAAAGGCUGGACUCAAUUGGACAAGUACUGUUACGUCUUCCAAACCGAUGAAAGGACCUUUUCAGAUGCUGAGAGCGUCUGCAACAUUAUUGGUGGGAAUCUGGUCUCCAUCAACAGUGGCAAGGAAAAUGCACUCGUUGUCGAACUGAUUAGGGAGGGUGCUGGUUCUGUUGUGGAUACCUGGAUUGGACUCCAUGAUGCAAUUGAGGAAGGCGACUUCGUAUGGACCGAUGGUGAAAUCGUUAAUUUCAGAAACUUUGGUAUGGACCAGCCUGACAAUGGAGAUGGUGGAGAGGAUGAAGACUGCGUCGAGAUUGAGUCAAGAGACGAUAUGUGGCACGAUGUUCCAUGCACAGAUGAAAAUCCAUUUGUUUGCAUUAGACCUGUGAACAAAGACUGUCACUGA